AUGACAAUCACCCAGGCCGAGGGUAAUUUACUGGAUCAGCCGAUGUGGGAAGUAUUUGAACGACAUGGUAAGAUUAACUACACGAGGCCCAUGAUAGGGUCAGAGUCCUAUCAACUUUCGUGGCACAAUUUUGGAGAUGGCAUGGGCGAUGUUACGCUGGGGCUCACUUUCACGACAAGUCUUGAGGUAAGCGUAUUUGCGGAGACGUUAAAGCACGCACUCUGCUAUGUGAGAUUCAUUUCACCUCUGCUAGCCUCUACGGCCGAGAAAGGAGUUCACGACCCUCAGCUGUGGUCAUGGGUAUAUACUCCCGCCUCUGACGCAGCCGAGGUGGAACAAUGGGCUACCGACACUCUUGAGGUCGUCGAAGGCCCCGAUCCCGAUCAGUUUGUGAAUAGCAAACUCGCAAAUCGACUUCCCUAUACCCGAUCCAAUGGCUUAGUCCAAUACUGGAAGCUUUUUCUCCUCAAGACCGAGGGUGAUCAGUUGGGCUUGUUCAUUCAUGGCAUACAUGCGGUUUUCGAUGCACAUCCCAACUUCAAUCUGUUUCAAAUCCUUUUCGAGGAGGUAGCAUGCCCGGAUCCUACCCACCAGGUGAACAGCCUACCGUGGGGAGAGGAAUGGAAAAGCCUUGCCCCUGGGAUCAUCAGUGCGACGGGUGGUCCUCGUCCGGGAUGGGACACUGAAGGGAUGGAGUUAGUGCGGUUCUUCAAGGAACAACUCACUAGUAGCGUCGUACGCUUUAUUUCCCCAUCAUUCCCUGUUUUCGUGAUCGCUGACCGUCUUGUCGCACUUCAGCCGACACACGCACUUCGAUCAGCACGCCCCAAAAUAACAGAUAUGAGCAAAGUUAUCAGAAUAGUGGAAGUAGUCGACCGCGAGACCUCGCGACGCAUCAUCCAGGGUACAAAACGGAACGAGAAUUCUUUAACCCAACUAUUCGAAGCUGCAGCAGUCCUAGCAACGUUCACCCUCAAUCCCGACUUUGUGGGUCCAGCGGAAGAAGCGCAUGUCACAUUGGAUGUCAGCUUCAUUUCUUUGAUGAAAUACUUAGUUCCUCCGUAUGACCAAAAGUCGUACAUUGCAGGAUGCUCAGCUUUGGUACCCCUCAAGAUCCCAUACAGCUCGUUCAUGCAUGAAGAAAAUCCACUGAAGCAGAUCUGCCGCAUAAUGGAUUGUGUUCGUGCCCAGUAUUCACGGUAUCUCUCCAAUCCACACCUCCCUCACCUUACUGCACGUCUUUCUACACUGAUGCCCUUGAUGACGUCUCCCGAGCUGACGUGGUCCAACCAAUGUGCCACAAUCAUGACCAAUAUCGGAGUCAUAGAACGUCUGAUGAGGUUCAAGUAUUAUUCUGGGGACCCUGGUCGAGACCCAGAGGUGAAGCCGGCUAUCACCGUUGACAACUUGCACUUCGGUCAUCGUGUGGCACACGGACUGAGAUUGUAA